CUUCCGGACACGUUAUUGUUGCAUCAGCAUCCAGUCAUUCAGCACAGUGGCAAUGUCGACCUCCGGAGAGCCAGCCUUUGAGUUUGGCUUCUUGCUACAGAUAAAUGAGGAGGCUGCGCUGGCUGAGGCCCUGAAUGACUACCUAACCUCACGCAGCUACCUGGCUGGGUUCAGCCCCUCCCAGGCCGACCAGAAAGCCUUUAAGCUCCUCCACAGGCCCCCAGACCCACAACAUGUCCACACUCUGCGCUGGUACAGACACAUAGCAGCUCUGCAGAAGGACCUCAACUCUGAGAGCAGCAUGAAAGGAAAGCGGGUUCAGCCUGCAUGGUCUCCACCAGCAGGAAGUGACGUUCCUCAGCUUCAGCUCUACAACAGCCUGACGAGAGCCAAGGAGCUGUUUGUUCCCCAGAAUGGGAGGAAGGUAACGUGGUACUGCUGUGGACCCACAGUGUACGACGCCUCACACAUGGGACAUGCCAGAUCCUACAUAUCCUUCGAUAUUCUGCGAAGGAUCCUGAGGGACUACUUCAAGUAUGAUGUCCUGUACUGCAUGAACAUCACAGACAUCGAUGACAAAAUCAUUAAAAGGGCCCGGCAGAACUACCUGCUCAACGAGUACAAGGCGAAGCAGCCGAGAGCUGCUCAGAUACUGCAGGAUGUCCUGAGUGCCAGAGGGCCCUUUCAGGCCCAUUUGGCUUCAACCACGGACCCAGAUAAGAAGCAGAUGCUGGAAAAGCUGGACGCUGCCGUCACUGCCGCUCUGCAGCCCCUGCAGGCGGCGAUGGAGAGUCAGGGCGAUGAUACGGUGCAGCCUCUGGCUGAGGUGCUGUUGGAGAAAUCCAAAGACCUGCUGGCUGAUUGGCUGGACAAACAGUCUGGGAGUCAGGUCACAGAGAACUCCAUCUUCUCCAUCCUCCCCAAAUACUGGGAGGGAGAGUUCCAUAAAGACAUGGAAGCCCUGAAUGUUCUUCCCCCUGACGUCCUCACUCGGGUCAGCGAAUACGUCCCCGAGAUCGUGGAGUUUGUGACGAAGAUCGUCUCCAACGGUUAUGGGUAUGAGUCAAACGGUUCUGUGUACUUUGACACCUCGAAGUUCGAUGCCUGCCCGCAGCACUCGUAUGCCAAACUGGUGCCAGAGGCAGUCGGAGAUCAGAAGGCUUUACAAGAGGGAGAAGGAGACCUGAGCAUCUCUGCUGACAGGCUGAGCGAGAAAAAGUCCCAAAAUGACUUUGCCUUGUGGAAAGCCUCCAAGCCGGGAGAGCCUUCAUGGGACUCUCCAUGGGGGAAGGGGAGGCCCGGCUGGCACAUUGAGUGUUCGGCCAUGGCUGGCUCCAUCUUGGGAGAGUCCAUGGACAUCCAUGGCGGCGGAUUCGAUCUCCGAUUCCCCCACCACGACAACGAGUUGGCUCAGUCCGAGGCGUUCUUUGAGAACGAUAACUGGGUCCGAUACUUCCUGCACACCGGGCACCUGACGAUCGCAGGCUGCAAGAUGUCGAAAUCUUUGAAGAAUUUCAUCACCAUUAAGGAGGCCCUGGCACAGAACACAGCUCGUCAGCUCCGUCUGGCUUUCUUGAUGCAUUCCUGGAAAGACACCCUGGACUACUCUUCCAACACAAUGGAGUCGGCCGUCCAGUACGAGAAGUUCAUGAACGAGUUCUUCCUCAAUGUCAAAGACAUCCUGCGCGCUCCCACUGAUAUCACCGGUCAGUUUGAGAAGUGGGAGGCAGCAGAGGUGGAGCUCAACAACAGUUUCUUUGACAGGAAGUCAGCCGUCCAUGAGGCUCUGUGUGACAACAUGGACACUCGCACCGCCAUGGAGGAGAUGAGAUCUCUGGUCAGCCAGUCCAACAGCUACAUCAGCAGCAGGAAGAACUCCAAGCUGAGGCCCAACCGCAUGCUGGUGGAAAGUAUCGCUGCGUAUCUCACCAACAUGCUGAAGAUAUUUGGUGCCAUUGAAGGAUCAGAUCCUGUAGGAUUCCCCAUGGGAGGACAAGGCCAGAGUGUUGACCUGGAGAACACAGUGAUGCCGUACCUCAGGGUCCUGUCGGAUUUCAGAGAGAGUGUCAGACAAAUCGCCCGAGAGAAGGAAGUGACAGAGUUGCUGCAGCUGUGUGAUGUGGUGCGUGACGACACCUUACCGGAGCUGGGAGUCCGGCUGGAAGAUCAUGAAGGUCUGACUACAGUGGUGAAACUGGUGGACAAGGAGAUAUUAAUGAAGGAGAGAGAGGAGAAGAAGAAGAUGGAGGAAGAGAAGAAGAAGAAGAAGGAAGAGGCUGCCAUGAGGAAACAUGAACAGGAGAUGGCUAAACUCGCCAAGAUGAAGAUCCCUCCAUGUGAAAUGUUUCGCACAGAAACAGACAAAUAUUCCAAAUUUGAUGAAACGGGUUUCCCCACUCAUGAUGUCGAAGGGAAGGAGCUCAGCAAAGGACAAGCCAAGAAGCUGCGCAAGCUCUACGAGGCCCAGGAAAAAUUACACAAUGAGUAUCUGCAGAACGGCAACUGAUUCUGUUUAGAAAGUAUCCGAGACCCCGCCCCACACGCACACACACACACACACACACACACACACACACACACACACACACACACACACACACACACAGAAAAACACAGAAAAGGCCACAGAAUAAACGUUAAGGCCUCAGAUGCUGGGUCCUGUUCAUCUGUUUCAAACCAGAAAACUGCAGGAGUUUUUUUUGUUUUGUUUUUUUCUCACUGAAUUUUAAAAUGACGGUUAUAACUGACACUUCAUAACCAAAUUCCAUUCAUAAUUUUGAGAGUUUGUGUCUCUUUGUGUCCCCUUAACAGCAGAAAUGAGGCACUAAAUGAAGUGAGGUUUAACGAUUUCACAGUGACACAGCGCGCCAACGAGUCUCUGCUCAGUGUCUCCAGAGGUUUUUACUGAAACUAAAAACUAAAACUUUUAAUUUGCUGUAUGAUUUUUACCAUCAUUUACAAAUUAAAGAGCGUGUCUUUAGUCUUUACAGGGUCUCAGUAAGGAGUUUUCAUGAACAGCUUCAGUGCUUCUGCGUCAGAAAUUGUCCACGUGUCUGAACGUCACUCCAGGGACGAGCUCAGUUCCUCUAACAGACUUUCUCUCAUUUCAUCCAUACUCUCCUGUGUGUCCUGUGUCCAAGCAUCUGUCAUGUUUGUUACAUUUCUUCAGGUUUUUUUUUUUAUCAUUUUGUCUAUAAAAUCUAAGAAAACUGUAAAAAAAAAAUCCACAGGUUCUAACUUUCCACAAUCCAGUGACAUGAAUUCAGAUUUCUGUCUUCUGUCAUAUGAUGAGAAGCUGGAACCAGCUUUUAUUAAUGAAUCAUCAGAGCUGCAGCUUCAGACAGAACCUUUGAAUAAAAAUCAGCCUUGGACCAGCGCUGUUUACACUGCCAUCAUUUCACCCUCUGUGGAGUUGGCUUUUUUUUUUCUAGGAAUGUCACGAUUUAGAAAUGUUAAAUCAGCAGCUGAAUAAAAGGAAUCAUGAGGUUUUGUUGGGAACAUCUGGAAAGGCUGACCUGUUGUACUCUCAUUUUUUUCGCAGCAUGCUAAUGCUGAUAUUUGAUGCUGUACACAACAAAAGCAGGAUGAUGCAUAAAAGCUACAGAUUUGACAGGUUUAACGAAAGACUGGAUUUUAAAGUUGUAAUUACUUCACAGUCAACAUAUACUGUAAAGAGCUGCAUUUAAAGUUUCUAGUUUAUUCCACUGACAUUUACCAGUUACUGUGUGAGAAGAUGACCAGUAGAUAAUAUUUUAGGUAGUUCUGUAUUUUUUUUUCCACACAUUUGUAUCAGUCUUCUGUGUUUUUGGCUCAUUCCUCAUUUACAUCUUUGGUAACUUUUCUGGAUUUGUAUCAUCAUAAAUACAAAUAAUCUAUAGUUUUCCCAUUGUCAUCAAAUCCCACAAAAAAGACUGAAGCACUCUCUGACUUCCCUCCUGUCUGUGGCUCUCAGCUUCAGGCCCAUUGGAUCCCACUGAAGAUGGAAAUCUUUAAAAACAGCUCAAACAUUUACACACAUUUCUUUUUAAAUGUCUGUUUUCACCCAGACAGGAGGAAAUUUUGCCCUUUGGUAAGAUUUGAUCUCAAAAAUUGAUUAAAUAUAUCAAACAGUAGUUGUUUGGAGGAACUUUUCAAUGUUUUGGUCUUUUCGUGGGAUUUUUUCAGUAAGAAAAUUAUGGAAAAUCACCAGACUUGUCCUUUAAAUCUGGGCAGCUGUUUUCUCAUCAUACUUCAUAAACGCUUUGUGCUUGAGCUUGCCUGAAAGCACAUUAAGAGGAGCUUUUUAUUAAUCAGCCGUCCAAUAGGGUUGUGUAUUUUUGUACUGCUUAUGAAUUGCUCAUGAAUUGGUUAUGUGACUGCAGGACUGCAGCAACACUUUCAGAUCAGAGGAUGCCCUAAUAAAGAGCCAGUGAGUUCUA